GAGCGGAAAACGAGAGACACACACCGGACCGUCCGCCGCGGUGGAUCGUACGAGUCGCGGGGUCCGCGCGCGUCUCGUUAUCCACGAAGGUCCUCGGCACCUUGGGCGUGCGGAUACCAAGCGGAGUCGGGCGCGUGUGCGUGCGCAGUCGGCGCUCCCGAGAGGAAGGUGUUCGGAUUCGUGAGGACUCCGCGAACAGGUGCUCUGGGAACGUGUCCGCUCGUGAAGAGUUCAAGAGUCGAGAGCCGGCGGAAGUCCCUUCGCUCGGUCGCGUCGCACCUGGAGGUAGCGGCGCUCGUCUGCCACCGGAACUCGCAACGGUCGAGCGGACGCUCCUGCCUCGAGAGAGAGAGAGAGAGGAAGGGGGGGGGGAGAAGCGAGGAGCGCGCACCGCGUGCCGCGACACGCGAGGGAGCAUCCCGGAAGAACGAGGACUCGUCGCCGAUUGCGUCGCGCCGGCGUAAAUAUUGUAACAACGUGACGUAAUAUUGGCCGCGCGACGGCAUGAUAAUAAGCGGGGACGUCGUCGUUGCUCGUCGGCGCGCCUCGCGAUCAGAUAGCGCACGAAAUUGUUCCCCGUUUCGAGGUCGACGCACCGCUCGCGUAUCUGCCGCGGAGGAGCAGCGUGAUAAAAGAUUCAGUCCGGAUCCGUCGGCGUUGCCGGCCUGCCGUCGCGCUCCCGAAUCCUCGCUGGCGGAAACGCGCGAAAUGGAGGCGGAGCGUAGACUGGAGCAGCUGAGGAGGGCGACGGACCGCAUACAAAGGGAAAUCGAAGAGGUCACCGAGAGGGAGCACGAGCUGCGGAACGUGGGUAGCAUUAAAACCACGUCCCACGAGACGGUGGACUUCAAGGUGCGCCGUAUGCCGCAGGCCCUGGCCUCGGGCAAGCUGAAGAGAACCACGUCCACGCCGCAGAUACUGGAGGCGGUCAGCCUGACGCCGCUGUCGUCGGACUUGACGCCAAAGAUGACGAACGGCGUGAUAUCCACGCGCACUACGCCGACACCGCUGCGCUUCACGACCACGCCUAGCCAGAAGGGGCUGAUGCACAGGUUCCUGGCUACGCGGGGCAAGCUCUACAGGAACAAGCCGCCGAGCAACGGCAGCCUGAACCCUCCUGUAACGCCCACCAUCACGCUCAAUCCUUUGAGUAUCAAGGCCUUUAACAGAACGUUGGAGAUACCAUUGGAGCCGGACGACGAGCCAAAGAAGCCGUUAACGCGGAAGGGAUACAUUCCUGUCGAGCAGAAGAUUCAAAAGGAGCUGCACGACAUGAAGGAACGGGAGAACGAAUUGAGGUUGAUGAGAUCGCACAUGCUGGCAAAGUCUCAGCCGAAUCUACUUGAUAUAGGAAAUGACAAUGAUUCCGAUAUUUACGACGGCUCCGGUUCUCUCAGAAGCGGCACUUCCACCAACACUUUGAACGAGGAUGAAAUUGAGAAAGAACAUAAGGGAAAGCAUAAGCCUAAUCCACGACGUCGUAACACGCUCAUCGCGCAAUGGGAAAGUUUGAUCGCCGCCAAGAGAGAAUCUAUCGAGAAUAACAACGAGAAGGACAGCUACUUUUGAAAGUUCUACAGCAUCACGUAGCUGUUUGCAACACCAUCUUUAAUCUUUACGCUAUCGUUAUUCCGCUCUAUCUAAAUGAUCGAUCGCAAACCAGUAAUACUUAUUAAUAUUACAGCGAACAACCGUUUGUAUUGUGACAAGAGCUCCGUCUUUUUUUAAGCGUAUCUUAAACGGAUAUUUUUGUUUUUUUUAUCUUGUUUUAUAUAGUUUAUUUACGAAUGAACGAUUUUCUUUUUUGUGUUUGAAUAUUUAUGCGCUCUCCAGCGUUAAUUAGAAUACAUCAGCGUCGCGGCUGCGCGUGUUUGCAGUAUUAAGUUGCUGGCUUAAAUAUUAUUAAAGGGCUUGUGAGAUUGAAGGAUUUUUUUAAAAAGAAAGUAGGGCAUACUUUUGUCUUCGAUUUGUUAUCGGUGGAUCAGACAACACAAAUAUGUAAAAUAUUCAUACUCGCAAGCGACUGAAGAAGCUUUCGUACGUUUAAUGUAACAUUGCGGGUAUAGUGCUUAUUGUAACGAUCGUUAACUCGCUUUAUCAGCGCAUGUAUAGUAUUAUAUAUAUAUAUAU